AUGCCCGUGUCCAUUUCCCCAGCACAGCCCAAGGAUGCAGUCGACAUCGCCGCCCUACAUGUCCAAGCGUUCAGCUCCAACGUCCUCAUGCGAGCCAUCUACCCCACCCCUGCUAUAUGGGCAGCACUCCAGGGCUGCGUCGAAGAAAAAUUCUCAGCUGACAUGCAAGAGCCCCAAAUUACAAUUCUAGUCGCCAAACACACGGACGAGGCUGAAGUAAGGGAAGGGCAAGGUAAGACUGUAGGCUACGCAGUGUGGUACCAUCCGGUCAAGGCCGAAGAGCAGGGCUGGAAACCACCAGCUUGGAAGUUGCCGGAGGGCACGGAUUGGAACGUGUUGAGGCCUUGGUUAGCGGCUGCUGGAAAGACUGCGGAGGAAGUUAUUGGGCAUACGCCGCACUAUGAUCUUAUGUGGCUCGCCGUAUCACCUGAUUAUUCUCGACUUGGUAUUGGUACUCUAUUGCUGCAUUGGGGCAUGAACUUGUGCGAGAAAGAAGGUGUGCCUGCGUGUUUGGACAGCACUGUUGAAGCUGCACAGACGUUCUAUCAGAAAGCGGGUUUUAUAGAGAGAGGUAGAAUCAGGUUGGUAGUUAAUGGGGAGAUGUACGAGGAGGUCACUUGUGUGUACGAGCCCAAACGAUAG